AUGUCUACCACAAUAGCCCCAGACAGCCGCGAUAUAUUUUUUGAGUGUGAUUUUCCAGAAUGCAAUUCGCGAUAUCGACGAAAAGAGCAUCUCAAAAGACAUCAAGUCAACCACGAGACAUAUGCUGCUGUUGCUGAUCUCUUACGUCGCCACAUCCGAAAAUACCAUCCACAAGCCCAGCUCCCCGGAUCUCGAUCCUUGAAAGCAUGCACCGCAUGUCGUCAACGAAAGGAGACCUGCGAAGGAGGGGUGCCUUGCAAGGCUUGUCAGCGACGAGGACUCAACUGCUCUCUCGCUGGCCAAGCUUCCCCUGAAAGGCAUCUCCGCAAUGCCGAUGAGCCAAAUUUGACAGUCCAGGAAAGCCCGUCAACCGAUGAAUAUGUCGAAAGUUAUUUCCAGCACUUCCAUCCAGAAUGGCCGUUCCUGCAUCGAUCCACUUUUGAUCCUGCAACAGAGCCGCGCGUUUUGGUUCAAUCUGUUGUCAUGAUCGGAAUGUGGGCGUACGGCAGCAAAGACUCAAAAAACGCCGCGAUCGACCUUCAUUGCCGGCUAGGGUCGGCCAUGCAAAAUCAGCGGAGCCAAUGGGACUUUUCAACCGUGACCUCGGACCAGAUCAUCGACAUUUCAUGGCCAAUCACAACAUACCAGAGUUUGCUCCUCCACGUGAUUCUUUCCAUUCUCAUCACCAAGGAGACCGGGGACAUUGACCUCGGCCUACGGCACCGUAUACCCGCAGACGAAUACGAUCUUUUCGAUGCGUUAGUACGAAGCUGUCGCAACUUGGGCAUGUUCUCAUAUCCGAAGAUGCUUGCCCAAUACCCUACCGCGACCCCGAUCACAAUGAUCUGGGUAGGCGUAGAAGAGAUGAAGCGAUUCGCAUUGGCUUUGUAUAAGGUGGCCCACAUCAGUACCACAGGAGACAGGAACAAAAGUCCCUGCGAGAAGCUAUUGACUAUCGCUGACCUCUCGUUCAGCAUGCCAUAUUGCGACGAAGUCUGGAACAUCCCGAGAGGUAGUGAUACUCGAGCUCUUGUUCGAGCUAUCGCAGAAACCAGACGGGACGAGAACACGGAUGAUAAGGAGUGGAUCAGUACCUCUUCUACGACACUACAUGAUGAUCGAGUAAAUUUCAAAUGGAUAUAG